UUUGUUGAUUUAUUUAUGCUAAGUAUAUAUGUUAUCAAAAAACGCCUAGGAAAAUAUUUAAAAAAGCUUUCUUUAAUGAGAAUGAUUGAUCAUGGUUAGAAGAUGUCGUUUUAGUAAACUCAUCAAUAAGUUGGUUAUACUUUCUGUGUCUUGUUCUGUAUUGUUAAUUUUAUGGAGUUUAGUUCUUGACAAUCUAGUGAAAAAAAAUAACAAGCACACAGAAGAGAGUAAUGCAGUGAUAAUAAAGAAUGACAAUCAAGAUAAAAAUGUACUAAAAUUUCAAACAACUUUUCGCUUUUCUGAUCCUUUACAAAAGGAUGAUAAACUGACGUUUGAUCAAGUAAAUUUGUUGACAAAAGAAUUACAGUAUACGCAACAAAUAGUCAAUGAAUUGAAAAAUGCAAAGUUUUUGAAAAAAGAUUGUAAAACAUCUCAACUGCCUGAUUGUCAGGUCAUUCAUAUUGCAAUCAUAUGUGCUGGUUACAAAGAAACUCAGCGUGUUGUAACACUUAUAAAAUCUAUUUUGUUCUAUCGACGGCAUCCACUUCACUUCCACUUUAUAUCAGAUAUUAGUGGAAGACAUGUUUUACAAGUUUUGUUUAAAACAUGGGUGUUAAAGCAAGUUGGAGUAAGUUUCUAUGACGCAGAAAAACUGAAAGCAGAUGUUGAUUGGAUUCCAAAUACUCAUUACUCUGGCGUUUAUGGACUUAUGAAGUUGACUUUAACUAGGGCUCUCCCAGAAUUCUUAAGCAAGGUCAUUGUACUUGAUACAGAUGUAUUUUUCUUGACAGAUUUAGCUGAAUUAUGGGCUUUCUUUAAUAAUUUUACAGAAGAUCAGGCAAUUGGUUUGGUCGAAAAUCAGAGCCAGUGGUAUACUGGAAAACUUUGGAAGAAAUAUAAAAUAUGGCCUGCUAUAGGCCGAGGUUUUAAUACUGGUGUAAUGUUGUUUGAUUUACAAAAACUACGAAAGUUUCAAUGGGCUCACCUUUGGAGACUGACCGCAGAAAAACAACUUUUGAAUUUGCUUUCAACUGUUCUUGCUGACCAAGAUGUUAUUAAUGCAGCUUUAAAGGACAAUCCUCAAAUUGUUUACAAACUUCCAUGUCAAUGGAAUAUCCAAUUAAGUGAUAAUACAGAGAGUGAGUAUUGCUAUAAUAAGCUAAUUGAACUAAAGGCCAUUCAUUGGAAUUCCCCAAACAAACACACUGGCAACAAACUAAAACAUGUGGAGUAUUUUAGAAACAUGUAUCUUACUUUUCUUGAAUACAAUGGAAAUUUGCUAAGAAAAAGUAUUUUUUCCUGCCUUAUUCCUGGAGAAAAUGCAACAGAAACAAGCAAAGAAAAAAAUUUAUCAGAUAAUGAUCAAUGUUAUGAUAUUAAAAUAGAGCAGUCAACAACAAGGCGUGUACAUUUGUAUUAUAUGGACUAUGAUUAUAAACCUGAAGUUGGAGAUGUUACUUUGAUGACUCACUUAUCUAUGGAUAGAAUACAGAUUUUAGAAUUGUUAUCGCAACAUUGGGAAGGUCCAAUGUCGAUUUCAUUAUAUGCAUCUGAUGCAGAAGCUCAGCAGUUCACACGUUAUUCUUCUGUUUCUAGUUUUUUGAGAAAAAGAAAGAAUAUAGGACUGCACAUCGUUUAUAAAGAUGGAGAUUUAUAUCCUGUGAACUACUUGCGAAAUGUUGCACUUGAACAUGUACAAACAACUUAUGUUUUUCUUAGUGAUAUUGAUUUCUUACCCAUGAUAGGAUUAUAUAACUACUUAAGAGAAAUUGCAAACAUUACAAAUAUGGAGAAAAAGGCUGUUGUUGUUCCUGCAUUUGAAACAUAUCAAUAUAAACUUGAUUAUCCUCAAAGUAAAAAACAGCUUAUUGAGUAUUGGGGUUCACAGAAAGUUGAUACUUUUAGGGGAGAAGUUUGGCAACAAGGUCAUGCGGCUACUGAUUUUCAACGCUGGAAAACAAGUUCAACUGACUAUGAGGUUCGUUGGGAAGUAGAUUUUGAACCAUACAUUCUAGUUAAGAAGAGUAGUAUACCUUUAUAUGAUAUGCGCUUUGUUGGUUUUGGCUGGAAUAAAGUUUCUCAUAUUAUGGAGCUUCAUGCAUUGCGGUUUAAAUUUGUUGUAGCUGCAAACGGCUUUAUCAUACAUAUGCCACAUGCACCAUCAGUUGAUAUUACUAAAUAUCGUUCAAGUAGCUUAUACCGGAGAUGUUUGGGUCUCCUCAAGAAAGAGUUUCAAUAUGAGCUUGAACAGAAGUACAACAUCAAUUUUCAGUGAUAAUCUUUUCAAAGUGUUGUUAAAUCGUUUAGAAUUAAUGUUGAUUAUACUAGAAAAAUACUUAUAUAGAUAUAAUUUUAGCUAUAUUUAAGUUAUAUUUAUUUUCUGUAUUUAUUUUUUUAAAGAGAUUUUAUUUGAAUAUUUUAUUGUUAUUAAUUGUUACUCAGAAAAUUAUAAAGUUAUCAAUUUUUAAUAAUUUAUUUACAAACGAAAAGUUUUUGGAAAGAAAAGAUUUUUUUUUUAAAAAAAAAA